UCUCCCAAGUUCUCGCUCUAGCUGGCUCGGGGACAGGAAAAAAAUGACGUAUCUUUUUACCCAGAUUUAACUUUUCAAUCCCUUUUCUUUUCUCCUUUCGAUGCUGCAAAUUAGAGCUUCAACAAUAUUCCAGAUACUCGCAACAUUAGAAUAAUUAUGAUUGCAGACUCAAAUGGUGGUGGUUCUGGAAUCGAUGAUGACAAUUUUGGAGGUUUCAAGACAUCCUUCCUCUGCCAUUUUGUGAAUCAGAUCAAUUCCAGGGGUGUAAUCCUGGGUGGUGAUCCUCUUAGCUACUCAAUUCCCUUGUUACUAUUGCAGCUUUCCCUCAUUUCCAUCAUCACUCGUGUUGUUCAGUUUCUUCUUAAGCCUUUUGGCCAACCCUUUAUUGUUUCUCAGAUUCUUGGUGGUGUAAUACUAGGUCCUUCAAUUCUUGGGCAGAAUGUUACAUUCUUGGAGAGAGUGUUUCCAGCUAAAGGGAGAGUGGUUAUUGAUACAUUAUCAAUUUUUGGUCUAAUGCUCUUCAUUUUCCUAAUAGGAGUGAAAGUGGAUCCAACCAUGGUUCUAAGAUCGGGUAAAAAAGCUAUAGCAGUAGGAAUUCUGGGAUUCUUCAUACCUUAUGGACUGGCCAGUUUAGUUGCUUGUCUUCUUGAUCAGUUUUUAUCAUUGGACACUGGAAUAGCGAAGGCACUUCCUCAUCUAGUAGUGAUGCAAUCAAUGACAGCAUUUCCUGUCAUUACUUGCUUUCUUGACGAGCUCAACAUCCUUAAUUCAGAGAUUGGAAGAUUAGCUUCUUCUUCUUCAAUUAUCUGUGAUGUUUGCCUCUGGUCCGUCAUGUCUAUACAGUUCGCUGUAAAGAUAUACAAUACCAAACCCCUAAGAGUAACUAUAGGGUUAUUUCUAUCAAGCAUUUUUUUCUCUAUCUUUAUAGUGUUUGGAGUUCGUCCUGCAGCUAGUUGGGCUAUUCGACGUACCCCAGAAGGAAAACCUAUUAAGGAGAUUUAUGUUUUUAUGGUCCUUGUAGUGCUGAUGGCCUGUGGAUUCGCAGGAGAAGUUAUUGGCAUUAAUGCUCUUGUUGCAUCUCUUGCUUUUGGCCUGGUGAUACCGGAUGGACCACCAUUAGGAGCUGCUUUAGUGGAAAGACUUGAUUGCUUUGUUUCUGCGUUGCUCAUGCCUCUGUUUUUCACUAUUUGUGGGUUACAUAUGGACAUUUUCUGUGUUCAGAAGUUGAAAGAUGUAGGUGUACUGCAGUUGAUUGUUUUUGUCGCUUUCGUUGGCAAGAUUAUGGGGACUAUGUUGCCCCUUCUAUUCUGCAGAAUGCCAUUCCGGGAUGCUCUUUCCUUUGCUCUCAUCAUGAACUCCAAAGGCAUUGUUGAACUUGCCUUCUUAAACGAUUUCCGCAUAUCUGCAGUUAUUACUCGAGAAUGCUAUGCCAUUUCAAUCAUCUCUGUGGUGGGCAUAACUGGGGUAAUAGCGCCUCUUGUGAAAGUCCUCUAUGACCCUUCAAAAAGAUAUGUUGCUUACAAGAGGAGAACUUUACUCCAUAGCAGAAAUGAUGAAGAACUCCGCAUACUUGCUUGCGUGCAUAGUCAAGAAAAUGUUCCAGCAAUCCUUGGUCUGCUUCAAGUCUCAAAUCCCACAAAAGACAGUCCUAUAAACUUGGUUGUCCUCCAUCUGAAUAAACUCAUGGGCCGCGCUUCCUCCGUACUUGUUGCUCAUCGGGAACGUGACAAACCCUUAAAUCCCACCCAAUCUGAACGGAUCUUUAAUGCAUUUAAGAAAUUUGAAGAGCAAUAUCAGGGCCUUGUAUUGAUGCAAUGCUACAAAGCCAUCUCACCUUAUGCCACUAUGCACGAUGAUGUUUGCUUACUUGCAUUGGAGAAGAGAACCAUUCUCAUUAUUAUCCCAUUCCAUAAGCAGUGGAUCCUUGGGCAAAGAGUUGAAACAUCUUAUGCAUAUAGGCAUCUGAAUAAGAAUGUGCUGGAGAAAGCUCCUUGCUCUGUUGGCAUACUCAUCAACCGCGGAAACCAGAAGAAAUCUCGAUAUGUAGCAACACAACCCUCCUUAUUUCAUGUGGCAGUGCUCUUUUUGGGAGGUGCAGAUGAUAGGGAGGCGCUGGCAUAUGCAUGUCGAAUGGCGGAUAAGUCCAAUGUAAUGCUGACUGUAGUACGAUUUAGGGGCUCAAAUUCGACAGGCAUAGUAGGAGGUACCGAAAGGAGCAAGAUGCUUGAUGCUGAAAUUUUAGGUGGCAUCAAUCUUAAAAUGCAGAUCAAGAGGCAAAUUUUGUCCCAAGAGUAUGUGGCAACAAGUGGAGAGGAUGUGCUGUCUAUAACCAGAAGGGUGGGUAGUUCCUAUGACCUGGUUAUGGUCGGAAGGCGCCAUGGGAACUCACCGAUCAUGUCUGAACUCAGAAAAUGGAACCAAUGUGGAGAGUUGGGGGCAAUAGGAGAAAUACUUGCUGCCCCAGAUUUCAGGGGUGAAGCUUCUCUGCUGGUGGUGCAACAGCAGACCAAAUUAUGGGGUCUCAAGGAUCCUGAGGAAUCAACACAUUUAAGAAGAAUCAAGUUAUAGGCCAUGCCUCUGCUACCGCAUUUGCAAGAGCAAGGACGAUGCAGCAUUAGAGAUUGCGAAUCUUUUAUCUUUGGCUCGUGGGUUUUUGUCCUCCCAGAAAAGCCUUUCUGCCAUGCCAGAGGAACAUGCACUGUUGAACUGAUGUAAAAAGAGUAGUUUUGGUAGAAAAGCAAAAAAGAGGGAAGGUCCUCACUUCCUUUUACCCUCCUCCUCUUGCCUUUCUAACGCCAAGUUGAUCUGGGAUGCUGUAAAUUCAGCUAAAAAGCGAAAGCAAAUGGAUAUGCAAGGGGCACCGGAGCAGCAAGAAUCCCAUAUUUCACCUACAAGGCUACAACUGAAAUGAGGAAAUACUACUAGUCUAUUACAAAAGCAAAACUUUUUGUAUCACAGGUCCAAAAAUGGACCAAAAAGCAACUUUAUGCGUAUCAAUUAUGUUCUGAACAUUCCAAGAAAUUGGUCUGCAAUGUAAAACCCAACCUUAGUAAAAAGAAUGGCUACUUGGAUGAAAAUUUUAUGGAUAUCAAGCUUAUUUAAAUUA